AGAGGUUGGACAACUGCUUCUCAGGAACUCAGGAAACUCAUGCAUCAGAAAAGGUGACUCAUAAAUAAACCAAAAGAAUAUGGCUGCACAGAUAUCAGAAUCUGAUCAGAGAAAACAGUUUAGGGAAUUCCUGGGAACCUACAAUAAACUUACAGAAACCUGCUUUUUGGACUGUGUUAAAGACUUCACAACAAGAGAAGUAAAACCUGAAGAGCAAAAUGAGGCCCUGGCAGCCAAAGCGGGACUUCUCGGCCAGCCCCGAUAG